CAGAACCAGUAUUGCAAGGACAUUCAUACAGAGCAGUUGUGAAUAAAAACCUCUAAAGAAAAAUAAACAAUGGGUUCAACGACAAUAGCCCUGGCCAUAUUCGCCGUGAUCUUCAUCAUAGGCAGCACGGACGCCGCUACAGGCAGCUGCCCCCUGCCAUCUAAAAUCUACGGCUGCAGCCCAAAAUGUCAGCAGACCUAUGACUGUGGCAAUGGCAAGGUGUGCUGCCCGAACUCCUGCAACGCGAAGUCCUGCGUAGAUCUUGCAGCUGUUGGUGGCGCAAACAAUGGGAAGGACAAGUAUUCUCAGUCUGGUGGGGCUGGCGUAUAUUGCAACAAUCAGAAAUGCAGUCCUUUCGAAGUCUGCAAACUCGAUCCAUCUACCAAGAGAAUGAAGUGCAUGCGUGCUUGAAAUAAAUAAUUAAUUAUACGUUUAGGCUUAAGACAAAUUCAUUUUUAUUAGAAUCUAUAAUCUAUACUUUUUAUAUUUUACUUGCAUGAAAACUUCUAAGGAAUUCGACCGAGAGGAUUAUUGAAAUUUAAAACAUAAUUACAUUAUGAUAUCCACUAGAAAGUGCACUUUUGAACAGAUAAAAACUAAAUGAAUUCAUUAAUCCAUAUAACUUAUGGUAUCGAUCAAAUUAUCGUUUCUUUCGCGAAUAACAGAGCAAUUUAGACGAGCUUUUUUUUUAAUACACAGACAAAACAAAACACUGUUACUGCCAUGACUUACAAUUAAAUUAAAUGAUUUGUUUAAUUGUUUUUAGUAAAAAUUAUGAAAUAGGUGUAAUGAAAG